CCUAGUUAGAUUACAAUAUUUAUUUAAGAAUUUGACUUAAAUUAUAAAUAGGAUUAGUAUGUAUAUAUUCCUCUCUGUUUCCUUAGGCUUUCAUCAAACAAGAGAAAAAGAAAAGGUAGCAAAAAUGCUUCUAAGAUGCUCAUCACCGCCAGUCUUCACAACGUGCAUUCCUCAGAGCUUGCCUGCGGUUGACUCCUCACGUAGGAUCCCAUCAAAACCGAUUUCCUUGACAGCGUCAUCGAUGAACACAAUCCAAAGAACAUGGCCGGAGAGAAAGACGAGGCAAAUGGCUAUUCCAAGGCAAAAGCUACCUAGCAGUCAGAGAACAACUCUCUGUUAUGUCGGUGGCGGUGUUGGUGUCAGGGCUGGAGGAAAAGGGCUAGGAGAUUGGGGUCAAGGGGAGCAAAUUUUGGACGAGUAUUACCAGAAUAUGAUCAAAACUUACUCUGGAGACACCCUUCUUCUGACAAAUUACCUUAAAUUCUUGAUAGAGGUACGGGGUGAUUUUCUGAAAGCUGAGGAGUAUUGCGAGAGAGCCAUUUUGUUGAAACCAGAUGACGGGGAAGUUUUAUCAAUGUAUGGAGAUUUGAUAUGGAUUAACCAUGGAGAUAGAUCUCGUGCUCUACAUUAUUCUCAUCGAGCUGCUCAGACUUCCCCUGAUGACUGCCAUGUCCUUGCAGCUUAUGCUCGACUUGAGUGGGCUGCUGGAAAAGAAGAAGAAGACAAGGGGAAGAAAGAUGAGCAGAAAUUUGAACAUCAAACAUUGUACUAAAACUUCAACAUACACACCCUGGCUGUCACGGUCUUAAAGAAAAAACGUGAAUUCUACAUCGAUUUAUUAUAUUUUUAAAUCAAAAUGGUUACUAUUUUACAAAUUGAUAUAAAUCCUGAUCAGGAUCUUGCUCUUGUAAUCAGGUGCUUCUUAUUAACCUUGCUUAAUUCUGCUGCUUUUUUUUUUGUCAGGUCCGUUUGUGCAUAUAUGGUUUCUCCUCGUGGGAAUCAUUGUUCUCCAAAUUUUUUUUUCUUUGACAACCAUGCCGAAACCUUUAUCAAAGAGAGAAUCUCUCUGCCCUGAGUUCCACGCUUGAUGCCCACUUUUCCCCACGUGGUCCACAGUUGCAUUUCCUCGUAC